GUGGUUGAGUUGACUUCUGCUGAUGGAUUAAUCGUACACUAAAAAAAUCAAAUGAUUACUCUUAAGAUUCAAGACACGUUCUCGUGGAAUGUUUGAAGGAAUUCAUUGCCGAUCGACGAUUUGUGCACACAAUGAGCAGCGGUCCCCCGCCACAGCCCGUCGCCGACCCCCAAGAGGACGAGGAGCUACUGAGUACGGACGGUGCCAUGGACAGCGUCCUCCUCGCCUGCUCCAAGCAGCACAGCCCAUCCUCUGACCUAAACGGCUACUUCUCUGAACUCAACAAUGGCAGAACGCAGCCCUCCUACUACAGGACUCAACAAUUCGCCUCCAGUCUCUCCGCAACCAGCAACAGCAGCAGAGCCUGCUGCAGCCCACAGCCCGGCUCCAGCUACGUCCCCUACCAGAGGCCUCUGGGUCUGCCCGCCGGAUACAUCCAGCCCACACCUUACCCCAGCCGCACAGAGUCCUCCUCCCUGGGCACGGUGGGCCGCUGUGGCGACUCCUGGUGCCACCUAGUCCCUCCAGACAGCUGUGGAUCUCCGGAGGACUACUCCAGCGAGGCACUGCGGUCCUCCAUGGUGCCCAGAGGCUCCUCGGACUACCCGUCCUCAGACAAGAGCUUGGGUGUGAGCUUGGGCUCGUCCCACUGCGGCUCCCUGCCUCCCCCUGGGAGGAGCAGUCUGCAUCAGGCAGGCAGCCUGGAGCAGCCGCGAUCCCUUCACUCACUCCCUAUGCCAGCAGCUGUUGCUCCACACAGCCACUACCACCACCACCACCCACACUUACAGCCACACCCAGUGCCCAGGACAGCCUGCUGCCCACGCUGCCCCAUAAAGGUGCUGAGGAUAGACCCGGUACCCCACCCAGACCACGGGAACCAGCGGGCCCACGGACCCUCAUGCCCUAACGGACUCUGGCCUUUACACAGAACCUGCUUUAACAGGGACCAGACUCCAGCCAUCCCCGCCUCAAACUCGGACCCAACACAGCUCUCAAUAGAACAGAGAAAGGUGUUUGUGACGUAUGAGAAAGAUAGUGACGAGCAUCAGAAGGAGGUCAUCAACUUUGUGGCACUUCUGAGACACAAUGGCUUCUUCACACACAUUGACAUGUUUGAGCAACAGUACCGAAGCAUCAACAAGAUCGACUUCAUGGAACGAUACAUCAGUGAGAAAGACUACUUGAUCAUUUUUGUCAUCAGUCCAAAGUACCACCAGACAGUGACAAACACGCCAGCAUACCCAGAAGACGAUGAAACCCUCAACACUGUUUACAUUCAUAAACAGCUUCAGAAUGAAUUUAUUCAGAAUGGCUGCAAGAAUUUCAGGUUCAUACCCAUUCUCUUCCCAGGAGCCAGAAAGUGCCAUGUCCCCACGUGGCUUCAGAACACCCAUGUCUACAGCUGGCCCAGGGACUGUGAUGACAUUUUGCGGAGGCUGAUGCGUGUGGAGAAAUACAACCCCCCACCCAUCGGCCCCCUGCCCACCAUCGUCUCUGUGCCCAUCUAAGGGGCGCCCAUUCCAGCCCCGCACACAAAAUGUCCUUAUAGUUCCCUUUUUUGGUUUUCCUAUCGUGAGGACAUUUGACCCUCACUCACAACCAUAGAAAUCUGUUUACAUACAUACACACUCUCUCUCACACACACAUUUACAAAAACCACUUGGCAAUGCAACAGCAGGACAUUGUGUGUGCCAAUCUUGGACACUCUCCAAACACACUUUCACAGGAGACUUUUCAAAAAUGCUCAUCUAGUACACCUUGAAUGUUCAUAUGUAUACAGUAUGUUUAAUCAAAACCAACAUUUAAAAAAUGGUUGUACAUAAUGAGUCUGUUAUAUGAAUGUAAUGGUUGAAUGAAAUAGCCAAUUAUGCUCUAUUGUAAUAAUAAAAUAGACAGCCUUGAUGCACAGUAGUAACUUUCCACAUACAGUAUGUUACCCUGCACAAACAGGGGCAUGGACACAUAACAGUGUAAUGUUAGUAAUAAUGCCUGAUGUAGGGCACAUACUGUAGCCUACAUAUUGACAUGUAUGAUGUGCUAUAUGUAUUUCCAUACAAAAAUAUGUCCUUCAGUGUAUAUAGAAAUAGUGUUAAAUGCAGUGUACACUCGUUAGCGACCAGAAAUGUUGUUUUGAAAAAGUACAUCGAAAAUACAGUAUUGGGGGUGCUGGUGCCACCCUGCAGGUUGCCAUCGUGUUUCAAGUUGUUUGGCAUCUUCAUCCGUUAUGAUGGUUCCACCUUCCACACAUGCAGCUCAAAUUAAGUCUACUGGAAAAUGGUAAUGAUAUCUGAAAGGACAAUUUUUUUCAUCACAUUUAUCCAUUGUGUGGGUAAUUCUCGGCUGGUCUUCUGGGGUCAUCCUCAGCCCUCAAGGCUCUUGUCAUCUGGUGUUCACAGGUACCUGGUCUCUGGUUCAACAAGGCAUCAACAGGGAAUACCACCUGCGGUAAAAGACAGAUCAUAGACAGACAGGGACGAAGGGGUGACAGCAAAGCAUCAAGGAUAUCUGGGCUUACAUAACUCGAAUGCAAUGUCCCUGCCAUUGACUUCAAUGUUAAAUGCAUCAUGGCAGUGAUUAAGGCAAAGACAUUUCUGACCAAAUAUUAGACAUUGUUGACGUGCUAUUAAGAAAGUACAUUUCCAACUGAUUUGAUGUGACACGAAUUUCUUUCUUUUUUUUCUGAAGAAAAUUGUGAUUUAAUCACUGGAAGCCCAAAAUAUGUAAGAAUAAAUAAACACAUUAUUGGAAAGGCCUAAUUUAAAAUGUGGGCCAUGAAUCUAUAAUCUAUGAAAGUUUAAUAUUAUUGAUGGAAUUAUGGAAAUAAACUUUUUCACGAUAUUCAAAUUUUAUGGCCAGCACCAGUAUAUCAAUAGGUCGUGCCUAAUCGUUAACACUAUUUGACACUCCCAACCCCCUGCGCAAGACAUUACAUGUUUUAUGAAAGAACACUCGUCAUGAGCAUUAAAAGUGCACAGGUUUAUUUCCAGAAUUCAUACUGCCCAUUCACAAAUGUUACCCUUUUCAUACCAACCUCCACCAUUCAUUAUGACUUGACUAAGUAUUCAUUAUGAGUAUGACUAGGAAAUUUUCACUUUUCAUACAUGGAAAGGGGAAUCUUCUCCAAUGUCCAGAAUAGACAUUUUAGCUGCAAAACUUUCUGUACUUAACUUUGGUCAUACUGGUAAAUAUUGGUUUAUUUUGUAAUUUUAUUUUUAAAAAAGAUUUGGCAGAAGACAGCACAGUUUCAAUUAGCAGCGUAGUUGCAAUACCUACUCUGGCCAUCCUACACAGUGCACCUUUAACAACUUGUUUCAUAUGAUGAAUAUCAAUGACAGCUGUGACAUAAUGUAAUGAUAACAUGGGCGGUACUAGGCAGGAGCCUGCUACGGAGCCUGCAUCGAGCAGCCGAUGAUAUAAAAAUUAAUGUUUAAAAGCUGAAUUUCUUGCCAAUAUAUUUUUGCCAUAAUAAUAACAAGGACUAUUUGUAUAGCACAAUUCCAACAAGGCAUGCAGCUCAUUGUGCUUUAAGUUACCGGUAUAUUAAAUACAAAAUGUGUUGAUUAACCCAUUGAUGCUGGAUACUGAGUAAAAUGCAACAUUGACCCUAGCGCCAGGAGCUGCAUGAUGUGGGUAAAAAAAGAUGGUAUAUUGGAGCUGAAUGAACAUGUUUUAAUGCAGGAUGAGGGUCUCAACUUCUAAUACAAUUCAUUUCAUGCUUUUUAUGCGCUUCAGAUGCUGAAGCAGGUGUAUUUGCAGAUGCUUUAGGCAACAGUGGGUUUAGAAAAAGACAGAUAUUUGGCAAAAGUUAAGCUCAAAGAAUAAGGUUUACAGCCGUGGAAAAAAAAUUAAGAGGCCACCUCGAAAUGAGCCGUUUUUCCGUUAUUACUACUUAUAGGCAUGUGUUUCAGUAAAAUGAACAUUGCUGUUUUAUUCAAUAAACUACUGACAACAUUUCCUCCGAAUUUCGAAUGAAAGUAUUGUCAUUGAGCAUUUAUUUGCAUAGACCAGCAUAGACAUCAGUUUCAGAAUAGGUAAAACAAAGACGUCCAACAUGUCCUUCAGUGCAACGGAUACUUUUGCUUACCGUAAAUGCAAAAAAAGAUUUAUUUAUUAUUAUUUUUUUUUUGGCUUUCAUGCAUUCACUUUUCAAAAAAAUGUUUUGAAAUUUCAUGUUUUUCACAGUUACAGUAAGCAAAGGCAUCUGUUAGCACUGAAGGACAGUGUCAUGUUGGACGUCUUUGACCCAUUUGAGGUAGAGAAUUUAA